AUGGAGAAUGUGUCUUUCUCAGCCAUCUCCAUGAACUAUUGGAGCACUCCCUAAUGGAUUAGGGCUUUCAGUUAGGGUGUAAUGUGUAAUGUGUUCCAGGACCCAGGAACGGACUGACAACUCAUGGGGCCCCCAGGCAAUAGGGGAUCAUGGGGCCCCUGUGUCCAUGCCCAAACUCAAAAAAGCCUAUGAAAAAAGGUACCAGGGGAUCAUGGGGCCCCCUACUGACCCCGGGCCCUCGGGCAGUGCCCAAGUUUCCAAAUGGUCAGUCCGCCCCUGUGUUAUAACAGAUACUGAUUAUUUUAGCCUGGUUUGCUAAAGCUGAAGGUUCCAUCCAUGGGCUGGUGAUUGCCAAUGUCCAAAUAUGCUCUUCUCUGUAUUUCUUUAAAAAAAUACUUGCAAUUUAUUUUAUUU